UCAUGUCCCACCGUCAAAUUUUACCAAAUGAGGAGUCGUACCUAAAAUCAGGUCGGCCCUCGAGAAUUUUUAAAACCAGUUUUGCGAAUCCUAAUCUUGAACGGCUUUACCGAGCUUCAUCACUUCAACAAAGACGUGGUGGACUUCAUUGUUUUCUUAUAUCAGCUAUACUCUAUGACAUGUAUAUGUUAAUAUCACCAGAUGUUGAAGUAACGACUAAAGGAAUUUUUGCUGUAUUUUUGGGUUUAAAUUUGGGACUAUUAGCUCUUGCUGAACGUGGCACUCGGGCUAGAGAUAAGCUUUGGUCGACAAUGCCACACUUGGCUUGGCAAUUAUCAACAGCUCAAAUAUUGAUACAUUUAUUUCUAAAAAAUAAUGUGGUCACACCAAGAGAUAGUUUCGGAUGGUUACUUUUACUUCUUUAUCUUCUUUUUGCUACUUUACCGCUCAGGCUUCUUCAUGUUGCGUUACUGGUACUUGGUACAGCUUCAACUUAUAUUGUUGCUGUUGUUGGACUAGCUAAAGUUCCUUCUCAAACGCCGCUUGAAGUUCUGAUAAUAACAGUGACACUGUCAGCUGGGGCAGCAAUUCUAGGAGCAUCAAGUUACUCAUUGGCAGAGUUCCAACAACGUCGCGCAUUCUUAGAGACCCGUCAAAGUUUGCAGGUUCAGUUAGUGAUCGAAGAGCAAAGUGCCGAGCAAGAAAGAUUACUUUUAAGUGUACUACCAGAACACGUGGCUGUUAAAAUGCGUCAAGAUUUGGGUGCAUCAUUUGAUACUCAAUUCAAAAAAAUUUAUAUGUCAAGGCAUGAAAAUGUUUCAAUUCUCUAUGCUGAUAUUGUAGGAUUUACAGCAAUUUCAUCAACAUACAGUGCAAGCGAACUUGUUAAAAUUUUAAACGAACUUUUUGCUCGUUUCGAUCAAUUGAGUGAACGGUAUGAGCAAUUACGAAUUAAAAUUCUGGGUGAUUGUUACUAUUGUAUCAGUGGUGCUCCAGUUGAGCGACCAGAUCAUGCAAUAUUGUGUAUACACAUGGGUUUAUCAAUGGUAGAAGCAAUAAAAUAUGUUCAAGCAACGACUAAAAGUCCUGUGGACAUGAGAGUCGGUAUUCAUACUGGAGCUGUGCUUGCUGGUGUUCUUGGCCAGAGACAGUGGCAAUUUGACGUUUAUAGCAAGGACGUAGAGCUGGCUAAUAAAAUGGAGAGCAGUGGAAUGGCUGGACGUGUUCAUAUCUCAAAUGCAACAUUAAAUUUUCUCAAUGAUGAAUUUGAAGUUGAACCAGCGUAUGGGGAAAAACGUGAAGAAGCUUUAGCUAAAGCUGGAUUAGUUACUUAUUUUAUUGUUAGGACAUUGAAACCAUUUAAACCGGCUAUAACUAAAAGUCUCGCAUCACUUGCUGAUGCUGAAAAUAAUACUCAAAGGAUAAUGAAUCACGGUGAUAUAAAGAGUAAUAAUAAUAAUGUAAAUAGCAAAGAAGAUUCAGAAGAUUUUCGUGAACGAUUACGACAGGAACUCGGGAAUAGAGAUGGAGGAGCUGAAUUAAAAGGAAAUGCUUCUUGGUUAACAUUACAUUUUACGGAUCCAAAUGUUGAGUCCGCUUUCCACUGUAGUGGAGAAGCAUUUUCACCUUUAUCACUGCUGGGCGGUCCCUUGGUGAUGGUUUGUGCUGCACCAAUAUGGAGAUUACAGCCCUGGGGACCUUUUACCUGGGGUGGUGCAGGUGUUGUGACUCUUUUUGGAGUUGUUCUUGCUGGUGCAACAUGCCUAAGUAGUGCCGUUCGAGCUCGAUGGCUUAGACGAACUCUUGCCCUUCUUAUGAUUUUUUCUCUCAGUGUUUUUUUAUUGCUGGAUAUGGUUAAUUGUGGGAUUGUUGAAGAUGUUGAUCCACCGACAAAUGCAUCCUUAAAUUGGUCACCACGUUGUCCCUAUCCAUCGUAUUAUUCUUAUGUUGGAGUACUUGCGUUGAUUGUAAUUUCUAUGCCAACAUAUAUUAGUUACUUAGGCAAAUCAGUAUUAAUGUUUUUACUAGCUGGUGCGCAAUGUUCGAUGAAUAUUCUAAUGCUUGGACAUUGUCUUGAUCGUGAAGAUAUAGCUUCUACAUUACCACCACCAGAUCAGCCAGUUGCCUAUCCACUCAAGUAUUCAUUGUCAGCUACACUGCUUACCAUUGCUUCAACUCUUGUUGUUGUUUCAAGAUACGCAGAGAAAGCACGUAGAAUACUAUAUUUACGAGGUAGAGAAGUAGUCGCCCAGAGAGAACGUGCAGCAGACAUGAAGCGAAGAAACGGUGCAUUGAUUUAUAACAUCUUACCGCCUCAUGUAGCUACAUACUUUUUAUCAACAACUCGGCAUCACGACGAUCUUUACAGCCAGAGUUACGCUGAAGUAGGAGUACUUUUUGCAAGUAUGCCAAAUUUUGCUGAUUUUUACAGUGAAGAAAGUAUUAAUAAUCAAGGUCUUGAAUGCUUGAGGUUUCUCAAUGAAGUAAUAUCCGACUUUGAUGCGAUUCUAGAUAAAAGUGAGUUCAAGUGUAUCAUUAAGAUAAAGACGAUUGGCUCAACUUAUAUGGCAGCCUCAGGAAUUUCGGAAUGUGCAGAGCCUGAAGAUGGGCCUAGAUGGGGACAUUUAUCUACACUAGUUGGAUUUGCUCUGGAACUAAAAAAAGCACUCUCUAUUCUUAAUGAGCAAAGUUUCAACCACUUUGUUUUGAAAAUGGGUAUCAAUCAAGGACCAGUUACAGCUGGUGUUAUUGGUGCUAGAAAACCUCAUUAUGAUAUUUGGGGUAAUACUGUUAACGUUGCUUCAAGAAUGGAAAGUACAGGAAAAGUUGGUCAUAUUCAAAAUUUACCUGGGAAGAGUUAAAUGCGACCAUCAAGCAGUGCAAGCCGAAAAAAUCACUUGGUCCUGAUAACAUUAGUAACGAAUUUUACAAAUCACUGCCUCAAAACUGGAAACUGUACACCUUUGGCUAAAACUAUUCGAGCUGGGAGUCAGUGCCAAGAUGGUGAGGUUACUUAGAAAUAUUUAUAAUACAGCUGCCUUCUCUGUCAAAAGUAAUAACGAAGUCACCCGUAAACUUUGGUCAUCAGAAGGAGUGCUACAAAGGGAAAUUUUGAGCCCUUUACUCUUUGUACUGUUUAUUGUCGAUCUUGAAGAUUUUCGGAGAGAAAACGGCUGUGAAGGCAUAAACAUCGACGGCAUAAUCGAUCUACUCUUGCUGUUAUACGCGGAUGAUUUGGCUAUAUUAAGCAGCUCGGAGAAAGAUCUAAAUAAAAAGCUUGACCUCCUCUUUCAAUACUGUCAAGCCAACAAACUUGCUAUAAAUGUCUCAAAAACCAAAAUUAUUUGCUGCUGAAAAGCCGGUAGAAUUCCUAGCCACCUACGUUUCUAUUUCAAGGAUCAAGAGAUCGAUAUUGUGGACAUAUACGAGUAUUUAGGCCUCACUUUUCCAUCCUCCGAGUUCAAUCGGCCAACGGCAGUAAAUCAAUAUAAAUAGCUGUAAAUAUGUUUUUGACUAUUCAAAAAAAUGCCCAGUUUGUAAUCUCGAUGACAAAGACUCUAUUGAACAUUUUUUACUAAGAUGCCCAAUCCUUAAGGAACUUCGAGAACACUAUAUUACCACCAACUUUGGGCCAGCCUCGUCAAUCCAAGACAUUCUUAAUCCUAACUGUAAAUUUUUAAAGGCCAUUUAUCAGUAUGUGCAAAACUGUAUGUCCAAAGCUAUAAAAGUUAAAUAUUUUAAUGAAAAUUGUUAAAACCUCUAAUGUAAAUUUUUAUUGUAGACUGUUUUUUCUUUUAUAUGUAUUGUGAA